CACCACAUCUACAUUGCACCUACUUUGAGGUCAUUGUAUAGUAUGAACAUCCGCUAACAUGGCGAGCUCGCUGCACACUCGAACUACGUUACUUACUUCAUUUAGCCAUGCUUAGAUAACGAUCAGUGCGCGAUCCACACCCGAUCACUUUGCUACGCCUGCCUCACCUUGGCAAGGAGCCACUCGCCGCCUGUAGCUCAACCUUCACCAAACAUUGGCUCUCUUUUCCCUUUUUCCUCUUUUCCGUGAUGUCUGGCCCACUUACGCUCAAACAGAGACUACAUGCCUUGUCGACGAACAUCGCAAAUGCAGCAUCCGGUGAUCAAUUAAACAGUCCGAAGUCACCAGGGCCAAGGAUUCGUGCUUUCUUCUCCCCGAAUGCCAACAGACGUCAGCCAGAGAGUGGUCCUGAAACUGUGAACUCUCAGGAUAGAGUGCAGGAGGUAAUGACCAAGUUGAUUUUCCAGGCUGGAGUGGAUUAUGAAACGCGGCCAAUGGUUGUUAUGAAUGCUUCAGCGCUACCAGACCCGCGGGAAGUAAAUUAUGAUCUAUUGCUUGCGCGAAUCCUAUCAUAUCUCAAUCUAUACGUCGAGUCCGAUUACAGUGUUGUUUUCUUUGCCGCAGGCGGCAGACAUACACCAGGUUGGAAUUGGGUGUGGAAGGCAUAUCGCAGUCUCAGUCGAAAGUAUCGCAAGAAUCUGAAACAGCUGGUGUGUUCGGCGAAUCUCUCUUGUUGCCUUCAACCUCUGACGAUUCUAAUAUUUGUUUCAUCAGUGCUGUUUUCAUUGGCAGGCGCCAUCAUCAGUCCCAAAUUCUUCCGCAAGAUAACUUAUAUUGAUACCCUAUCGGAAUUAGCAUACCACGUCCCACUAACACAGAUAGAUAUUCCACCUGCCGUGUAUCAAGAGAACUUGAAACAUGAGAAGCAGAUUAAUCUCCCCGUACCACAACGUGCCAAUCUUUUUGGUGUUCCCCUGGACGAACUCAUGGGAUUCAAUGGUGAGAAAGGGGGAAUCCCUAGAGUCGUCAAGGAUUGCAUACAGUUCUUGCGUAACACUGGUAUGCAAGAAGAAGGUCUAUUCAGACGGUCGCCCAACUCGGCCCUCCUGAAACAGGUCAAAGAAGCAUACGAUAGAGGGCACGUUGUCUCAUUAGACACUUUCGGUGACCCACAUCUGGCUGCCGUACUACUCAAGAAAUACCUACGCGAUCUUCCAGAGCCACUAUUUCCAGAGAACACUUACCCGCUUGUUCGAAAAUGUCCAAUGCCCACGAACGACCCAGCAGAUGUCUCUAGUGUCAUUUACAUUCGGGAAACUUUGCUUCUCGAACUCCCGCAUUGCUCCUACAUUCUACUCAAUCAUGUUUUCCAUCUUCUUCACGAAGUUUCUUUGCGUUCGGCUUCGAAUCGUAUGGAUGCUCACAACCUUGCCGUAGUCAUUUCUCCCAACCUCGUAGCAGGCUCGAAUCCUUUACGAGACGUGACUCUCUGCGCCAUCCCAGGCGGUCCUGCACUUUAUCCUGCUCAGCCCCCCUCUAACGCAUCCUCCUCCAAUCCAGCAGCGCUCACAGAGGGCAAGACAACGCUUGGUCUUGUGGUAAAACUGUGUAUUCAGCGUUAUUACGAGAUUUUCGACGACUUGCCAGAUCGAACUGAAGUUUUGUCUCAGUAUGCCUCAGCUGAGGCGACGGUCCUUGCCUCAGGUUCAUGGUCAUCAACAUCACCAUCAUUUCCUUCCUCACCUUUCCGUGACUCACAUCCGAAUCGGGAUAGCAUGCAUGAAGAUGAUGAGGACAUCGAUGACGCGAUGCUUGUUAUGCCUAUAGGCCCUGGUACAAGCGGGAAUCGACUCCCUGGUGCAUCAGCGCCGACGUCCUGGAACCAUAUCACUCCCAGCAGUAGUGCGAACUUUGGAACUGUCAGGGGACGAUAUAAGAGUACUCCAUCGCGAGAUGCUGCUCAAUCCGUUUCCACGUCUUCUCCGACAAACGGGAAUGGUGGGUACAAUCAAUCCACAAACAAAGCCAGAUCAAUGAUUAGCAUCGAAAAAGCUGUUGGGAAUGGGGGAACUUCGCGGAGGGGGUCGAUAGCUAUUGGACGAGGCACGACGAGGAAGUCGGCUGGUGCUGGUGUGACGGCGACGGGUAUCACUGCAGAGGGUUUCUUUUCUGCUCCGGGGAAUGCUCCACCGGUGCCUUUGUUGCCUCGCAUCGACAAGUGAUAAGGGCCUAGAAGGGAAGGGUUCAUGUUUUCGCUUGCUACUUUGUGCGUAUCUAUAGUAUUCAUUCAACCAUUUCAUAGAUCGUUACAUUCGAAUGCUCCAUCGGGUAUGGACUUUUUCCACUUUUUUUUUUGUAUUUUACUGCUCUAAGGGUUACUUACUCGGAUAAUCGGAUUGGUUGGCCUGUAUCGAUAUUGAAUAGCUGCAUAAUGCGCAAUACUCACAGCUAUUGUCUAUGUCAACAGGCUAGCGCAAAUUCCCAACGAUAUAACAACGAGGGAGUUACGGUGUAAACCGCGCUAGCGGUACCACUAAUGGAACUGAAGAUUAAACAUGGGAGAUUGGAGUGCACUGGAGUGCCAGUUGAAGCAAUGAAACACAAGGACUAUACCUUCCCUGCGAUUCUGGCCGGAACCUUCGUAAUCCGCACGCUGAGGUCGUCUCGCUGAGAUUGUACCUCGUGGGAGAUGUUGAUAGCGAUGGAAUGCAGAGGAAUGGACUGCCGUCUGGGUGGGAUGUGAGAAUUCGGCGGCUGGACUGAUCUGGGGCUGACAAUUUGACCAGAGGAUCCGUCUUGAGAGUCAAAUGGUCCUGAGAUGUACAAAGUGGAGCGGAUAGUGAUUCCCUAUCAUAGAGUUAUGUAAAUCGCAGGCUUUAGACAAUCGUGGAAGGGAACUUACGAC